GAUUAUUCCAUUGUGUGGCGCGGCUGCCGGCAGCUCCGGAGCGAGGGAGCGGAGCAAGGCGGGCGCGGAGCAGUGUAAAUCAAUGGGAAAGCCCCGGCGGCGCCCCGAUCGAUCCGCGGGCCGGGCCUGAGCCAGGGGGAGGCGCUGGAGGAGGGGAGCGGCCGGAGCCCAGCUCCCCCCCCACCCCCACCCCCGGCGGAGCCCCCUCUUCCAGCGAGCAGAAGUCUCGGCUCCUGCGCUGAGAUGACCCCUCCACGCUCCUCCUGCCUCCACCGCCAUGGACGCUCCCUCUAACUCUGCCUCCUCCUCCUCCUCCGCCCCCCCGGCCGACGGGCAGGAUGCCAGGGCUGCGGGCUGGCCACCUCAGGACCCCUCCGCCCCUCCAGCCACCAAAGAACCCUCCCUGCCGGACCCCCCCUCCGCCUCCCCUUGCCCUGCUGAGACCAUGAGGCCCAGCCCCGUCCCCCAGCCGGAACCGGGCCCCGCCAAACUCCCAGCGGCCAUCUUGUCCGCCCCACAACUCCAGGCAGGCUUCGGCCUAGUAGCACCAAGCCCGUCCCUCCUCCAUCCCUCCGCCCCCAGGGAAGAUGCCAAGGAGGAGGAGGAGGAAGAAGGUGAUGAUGAUGAUGAUGAUGAUGAAGAGGAUGCGGAAGAUGGUGGCAGCACAGCCCAUCUGCUCUUCUUCCCUGAUGGCUCAGCCUAUCUCCUCAGCGGCGGCCAUGUUCUCUUACCAAAGGGCUACCCUGGCGCCACGGCAACCCUGCCGGUGUCCACCCUCCACGUCCAAGAUGGCGGCCCCAACCAAGGCUUUACGUCUACUGACCAAAUGUCCCAGAAUACCUCAGCGCCGGGCGAGCAGCCCCCUUCCGGCGCCUUCCACAGCUACCGACUAGCCAGGGCCUCUGCUCCCACCACCUCUGCCAAAAACUCUCCCACCGAACCCAAAGAUGCCGUCACCGACGGGGAGGGGGAAGCCAAAGUUGGCCAAGAGGAAGAACCAUCAUGGCCACCCUGGCUGUGCUUGGCCUGCCGUCUCUCCUUCCGACAGGGCCGCUCCUUGGCAGCCCAUGCCCUCUCGGCCCAUGGGGUGCGGCUCAGCCCCGGGGAGCGCCGGGCCCUGUCCCGCGGAGUCCCCGCCAUGCUCCAGGGCACUGCCCUCAGCUUCCUAGAACCAAAUAACCCCACCAGCGGGGUGGACCUCAGCGCCGGAAUGUGUAGUGGAUGGGUGAAUGUAAUGGAGGAGGAGGAGGAGGAGGAGAGAAGCCCCCGAGAAGGACGCAAGCCACCCGAUGCCAAAGAUUCAAGGGCCGGCGGCGUGGACUGGGCCAACGGGGGAGAGGAGGAGGAGAAGGCUGAAGGCAGGAAGGAAGAAGAGGAUGGGCUGAGGCUUCUGCUGGACCAAAGCUCACAGGGCCAAAGCCCACCCAGAGGCGCCAAUGUCCCGGGUGACUCACCACUAGGGAAGGCCAACACUGAGGUCACUGUUGGGGUGGCCAACACCGAGCUCAGCAACGAGGCCAACAGCGAGUCCAAUGUUGGGUUGGCCAACAGCAGGGUCCACCCCAACACUGGAGGGGUCUCUAUUGGCUUUGGGGAUGAUUACACGGCCAUGGCCUAUCCUGGGCUCAGUCUCUCUGGCCACAUGUCCCUGCUGCAUUCCCGCAACUCCUGCAAAACCCUCAAGUGCCCCAAAUGCAACUGGCACUACAAGUACCAGCAGACCCUGGAUGUCCACAUGAAGGAGAAGCAUCCCGAGAGCAACAGCCACUGCGCCUACUGCAGUGCCGGAGGCCCCCACCCGCGCCUGGCCCGGGGUGAGAGCUACAACUGUGGCUACAAGCCAUACCGCUGUGAGGCUUGCAACUACUCCACCACCACCAAGGGCAACCUCAGCAUCCACAUGCAGUCGGACAAGCAUCUAGCCAACCUUCAGGGUUUCCAGGCCAACACGAGCGGCGGGGCCCAGCCAGUGCCCCCAGCCACCCCCACAGCCCCGACCCCUGUGGCCCCUGAGGAGAAAGAGACCAAGAGCAAGACGUCCUGGCAGUGCAAAGUCUGCAGCUAUGAGACCGGCAUCUCCCGCAACCUUCGCAUCCACAUGACAUCGGAAAAGCACAUGCAGAAUGUGCUUCUCCUCCACCAAGGGCUGCCAUUGGCCUUGCCCGGGCUCCUGGGACAGCCAGGGGGCAGCAGUGGGGGGAAACAGCAGCCGCAGACCGAGCUCUUCCAGUUCUAUGGGGUGCAGGCUCUGGGUCACCACCACGGCCACCACCAUGCAGGAGCCACCGGCGCCGUCCCGGGACUGCGGGUGGAGAAGCCCAUGGAACCAGCACAGCUGCUGCUCAAUGGCUUCCACCCACUGGGUCCUGCUGGGAGGAAGGGGGCGGUUUCAGCACCAGCGGCUCCGGUGCCACUUUCCCCAUCCCUAUGUCCUCUGCCCGCCCUGGCCCCUGCCUCCCCCCCUCUGGCUGCGCCGGUGGCAUCGGAGCGGCUCUUCGGCUGCCUGGUGUGCCAGCGCUUCGGCACGGACAGUGUGGAGGAGUUACUUCGCCACUCCACAGCUCCGCGCCGGCUGCCCGAGGCUGAGUGGAAGGAGGUGGCAGGGGAUCUCCACCGCUGCCGGCUCUGCGCCUACGGCACCCAGCUCAAGGCCAACUUCCAGCUGCACCUCAAGACCGACAAGCACGCCCACAAGUACCAGCUGGCCGCCCACCUGCGCGAGGGGGGCGGGGCCCUGCCCAUCGCCACCCCCGGAGGAGCAGAGCUGCAGCCUGGCCCCGCCCCUGCCCCGCCCCCCCUCCACCUGCGCUGCAACCUCUGCGACUACGAGACCAACAGCAAGGAGAAGAUGCGGCUGCACGUGCGGGGGGCGGGGCACGAGGAGGGCGAGCGAAGCUACAAGUUCCUGCUGGAGUUGGAGGCGUCGGCACCGGGUCCCGACCCCCCCCACUUCCACUGCCUGCUCUGCAACACCACCGCUCCUUCCUGCCUCGCCAUGUUGCGGCACCUGCGGGCCCCCCGGCACCGCGACGCCCAGGGCCAGCACCGCCUCCACCUGCUGCAGGGCGGGCGACCCACAGACGAGGGCACCGUGGCCCUGGAGAGAUGCAUCCGCCUGGCCGAGCCCGUGCCACGGAGCACCGGGAAGGAAUCAGCGUCUGACCCCACGACCCCCGAGAAAGAGACUCUGAACAAAGCCCCGCCCCCAGGACUGGACGAGACAGAGCCGAAGAGCCGAGCAGCGGGGGAAACCCAGACCACGGUGUUCUGCUGCCCGUACUGCAGCUACGUGAGCCGGGCGCCGGCGGGGGUGCGCAGCCACGCCACGUCCCAGCAUGCCCUGCAGCCAACCUACCGGUGCCCGCUGUGCCAGGAGGAGCAGCUGGUGGGCAGAGGCAGCCUGCGCGCCCACCUCAGCCACGGCCACAACGUGGUGCCCGAGUGCGUGGAGAAGCUGCUGCUCGUGGCCACCACUGUGGAGAUGAACUUUGCCACCAAAGUCCUACCCAGCCCCAGCCUGGCCCCAAACCCUGAGUGCGGGGGGGAGUGUGAACUGGCACCCACAGCGCCCCCUGCUGGAGAUGCCGCCACCUCAGCUCCCCUCCCCGCCGCCCCCUCCCCCCCUCCUCCAGCGGCUGACCUGCCCCCUCCACCCUGCCCAGCCUCCCCCCCGGCUCCGAAGGCCGACGACAGGGAGGAGGAAGCCCCAGUCCAGCUUCCCGCCCCUGAAGAGCAGCAGCGCCCCCCCGAGACCUCGCCGGCCCUGCAGGACCCCCGGCACCCCCUGUCCUACCGGAAAGCCACCAAUUUCGCCCUGGACAAGUUCCUGGAUCCGUCGCGGCCGUACAAGUGCACGGUGUGCAAAGAAUCCUUCACCCAGAAGAACAUCCUGCUGGUCCACUACAACUCCGUCUCCCACCUCCACAAGAUGAAGAAGGCUUCAGCCGACCCUACCGCCCCUUCCCGGGGCGACUCGGGGGGCCCCGGUGCCCCCCAGCCCUCCUCCGACAAGCCCUACAAAUGCACCACGUGCCGGGUGUCCUACAACCAGAGCUCCACCCUCGAGAUCCACAUGCGCUCGGUGCUCCACCAGACCCGCUCCCGGGUGGCCAAGGCGGAGGCCACCAGCAAAGGAGAGGCGGGGGAGGCGGGGGAGGCAGCCCCGGCCCCCCUCACCGAAGCUGAGCCCCCCAAGAUCCUGGAGGUGCCGACGGCGCUGCCGUUCCCAGCACCCCUCUUCUCCCCGCCGCUGCUGCCGCAGUUCCCGGUUGUGCCAGAAUCCCUCCUCAAGCUGCAACAGCAGCAGCUCCUCCUGCCCUUCUACCUGCACGACCUCAAGGGGGCGCCCAAGCUCGCGCUGGCAGCGCCGGCCCUGGCCCUGCCGGCCCCGUCGGCCCCGCUGAUCCUGGCUCCGCCCAAGGAGCCGCCCCUGCCGCCGCCGCCCCCGCCGCCUGCCCCAGCCAAACCGGAGACGGAGGAGGACGCUGGUGGAGAGGAAGGCAACGUGGCCUCCCACCCGGCGGCCAAGGCUCUGCUGGAGAACUUCGGCUUCGAGCUGGUGAUCCAGUACAACGAGGGCAAGCAGGGGGCGGGGGGCGCGGCUCCCCCUCCAGUGGCCCCGCUGCCCCGCCCGCCAGCCGAGAAGCUGCGGUGCGGCACGUGCGGGAAGGUCUUCUCCAACAUGCUCAUCCUGAAGACGCACGAGGAACACGUUCACCGGCGCUUCCUGCCCUUCGAGGCCCUCAGCCGCUACGCCGCCCAGUUCCGGAAGACCUACGACAGCAUGUACCCACCCGCCGAGGGCACUGCCCCUGCGGAGACACCCCCGGUGCCCCCCAGCAUCCCCCCUCUCUGCCCACCCUUCCUGAUGAAGCCAGUGCCAGUGGUGGUGCCCCCGGCACUGCCCGAAGCCGAAGGGCGGUGGGUCCGGGGUGAGGAAGAGGAAGCAGGGACGGACCCAUCCCGGGACGGUCUGUCGAGCCGGCGGUUCUCCCGCACCAAAUUCACCGAGUUCCAGUCGCAGGCUCUCCAGUCCUUCUUUGAAGCCAGCGCCUACCCCAAGGACAGCGAGGUGGAGCGUCUCUCCGUCCUCCUGGGCUUGGCCAACCGGGUCAUCGUGGUGUGGUUCCAGAACGCCCGGCAGAAGGCCCGGAAGAAUGGUGCCGAGGCUGGGGGUGCCGGAGGGGGCACCGUCACCAACCAACCCAGCUGUAAGAAAUGCCAAGCCACCUUCCGGUGCAUCUUCGACCUGGUGCGGCACCUCAAGAAAUGCUGUGACGACCGGCCCUCAGCGGCAGGCGAGGAGGAGGAGGAGGAGGAGGAGGAGGGAGAGGAAGAGCCAGAGGAAGAGGAGCCGGAGGAAGAGCCCAAGCCACCAGCUGAGGAAGAGGAGGAGGAAGACGAGGAAGAGGCACCAAGGGGCGAUGGAGACCCCAAGGAAGAUCAGCCAGUGAGUGAUGGAGCCAUGGAGCCCCUGGAGAGCAAGGCCCCCACGUUCUCCUCCGAUCCACCAGGCGCCCAUGGCUCAGCACUCCUGGCCCCUCAUGACCCGCUGCCGGAGCUGCCCCGCAGCCAGGGGGCGCCCAUGAAGAGGAAGCACGAGGAUGGGAGCCAGUCGCCGGGCGGCGGGAGCGGCGGCGAAGGGGAGCCUCCGCGAGACAAGCGUCUCCGCACCACCAUCCUCCCGGAGCAGCUGGACGUCCUCUACCGCUGGUACGUGCAGGACUCAAACCCCACCCGCAAGAUGCUGGACUGUAUCUCGGAGGAGGUGGGGCUCAAGAAACGGGUGGUGCAGGUGUGGUUCCAAAACACCCGUGCAAGGGAACGCAAGGGGCAAUUCCGGUGCAGCGCCAGUGCCGGGAUCCCCCCCAUCAAGACCUCCCCAUCCUGUUCCUUGGCCAAGUUGAGUCCUGGUGGCGGGAUGGUCAACAUCUCUGGUGGCGGGACAACCAAUGUCUCCGGUGGCGGGACAACCAAUGUCUCUGGUGGCGGGACGGCCAACGUCUCGGGUGGCGGGACGGCCAACGUCUCGGGUGGCGGGACAACCAGUGUCUCUGGUGGCGGGACGGCCAACGUCUCCGGUGGCGGGACGGCCAACGUCUCUGGUGGCGUCUCUGACGGUGGGACAGCCAGUGUCCCCUACAGCAUCAACCAGGCUGAGCCGGAGCCGUCAGAGCUGAACGAAGCCCGGAGCCCAUCCGGCGGCGAUCUGAGUGACUCUUCUUCCUCCUCUUCCUCCUCCUUGGCCGAUCCGGAGUCGCCAGGCGGGCAUGGGCGGGCGUCGGAGGGGGCGGCCGGGCUGGAUCUGCUGGGCCAGCGCCGCUACCGGACCCAGAUGUCCAGCCUGCAGCUGAAGAUCAUGAAGGCGUGUUAUGAGGCCUACCGAACGCCCACCAUGCAGGAGUGCGAGGUGCUGGGUGAGGAGAUCGGCCUGCCCAAGAGGGUCAUCCAGGUCUGGUUCCAGAAUGCCCGGGCCAAAGAGAAGAAGGCCAAGGCGGCCUUGGCUGAGGGGGGCCCUGGGGCUCCCUCCGAGGGCCCCCCUGAGCCUCGGGCUGAGUGCCCCGUCUGCCAGGUCAAAUACGACUUCUACGUCUCCUGCCGUGGCCACCUGUUCUCCCGUGGCCACCUGGCCCGGCUCAAGGAGGCCGUGCAGGCCCAGCUGCGCAGCGAGGGCCAUGAUGGGGCGCCAGGGCCCCCACUCCUGCCCAUCCCCCCUGGAGCCCCCCCAGGAGCCGGCACUGCAGGCCCCUCCGCCGCCCCCGGCACCGGACUCCUGGGUUCCACGCCGCCAGGACAUCCCUUACCUCAGAGCCAGCUCAGCUCGGCGCCGGAGCCCCCCAGAGAGACCCAGCCGGAGCCGGGAGCCGCCAGCGCGUCGCUCGCCGGAGCCGCCAGACUUCCCAGCACCGUAGCCAACCCCGCCCUAAAGACCCUGAAGGGUGUGAAGCCGCCGGUGCCCGCGCUCCUGGGCGCCCAGUUCCUGCCCUUCUCCGUGCCAGCGGGCGCCCCGGCCUCCCUGUUCAGCGCCCCGCUGCCCGGCGGCUACUUCCAGCAGCUGUACGGCAUGAAGACGGGGCUGUUCCCCAUGAACCCCGUCAUACCUCAGACCCUCAUCAGCCUGCUGCCCGCCCCCGAGGCCCCCGCGCCGGCCGGGGUCUCCACGGUGGACGUGACCCACCGCUACCUGUGCCGCCAGUGCAAGGCGGCGUUCGAGGGGGAGGCGGCGGCCACGGCCCACCAGGCCGGCUUCUGCUACUACGGCCAGCCGGCGCCGGCGCCGCUGCGCGUGCCCGUCUGCACCUACCACUGCCUGGCGUGCGAGGUGCUGGUCAGCGGGCGGGAGGCGCUGGGGGCCCACCUCCGCUCCAGCGCCCACCGCCGCAAGGCCGGCCCCGCCCCCGCCGCCGGCCCCGCCCCCGGCCCCGCCCCGGCCUUUGCCAAAGAGGAAGCAAAGUUACCUCACUCGGACCCCAGCCCAAAAAGCAACUCUACCUCGACCACGCUUCUAGCUUUAUGAACAGCGCGGGGUGCAGCUGGAGACGGGGGGCGCCUGGAGCCCCCCGCCCUGCCCUGGGGAACCGCCCCCCAACCCCCUUCACCCUGAGGGACCCCCAACCUGGAACACCCAACCUGCUCCUGGCUGCCUCCCCAACUCCUAAUGUGCCCCAGACCUAGAUACAACCCCCCAUACGCCAACCCGGCUGGAGGGAGCUGGCACUUCUGAGUGCGUGUGCGUGUGGGGGGUGAAUUCAAAGCACACCCCCCGCCUUCGAGGUUGGCAAGAUGCCCACACAUGUGCUAGACGUGUUCCCAACACAGCUGGCCCCCAGAAGCCCCCUCCUCUCCGCACAUGUCAGGCAUGUUCCCACCAUGCAGGCUCCCCCAAAUGCCCCACACAUGCUCCCCGUGUGUCCAUCCGUGUAUCACGGGUGGCGCCCCAGACUCUGCCCGCCCCACACAUAACAUAAGACAGGGCUUCCACAUGACCCACCCCCCCCACUUCUCUCUCCCCGCAGCCUCCCUUCCCCCAUGCCAACUCCCAGGUGCCCCCCAGGCUGCCCCCCCAGCACAUGCCCCAUACUGUUACCCAUCAAGACAGGCCAAAACCAAAACUCAACUCAACGGACAGCACGAGAGACAAA